AAUAUUUUGCCAGGAAAGGAUGAACAUACUAAUACUUUUUAUGCUUCUUUGUGGACUCUCCUUUGUGUCCGGAGCUGUAAUCCUGAUGGCCUGUGAUCAGCCGGUUGCGGAUCGGGGUCCCUGCGAUUCCAGCCUUCCUCGAUGGACUUACCACAAGUCAAUGAACAAGUGCGUCGCGUUCACCUACGGCGGUUGUAUGGGCAAUCGAAACAAUUUUCGCACUCGGCAUGAAUGCAACUACAACUGCGCCCAAAUUGUUAGGAAAGAUUCGAGACUCCAUUUGCCACCGGCUUACAAGGGCAAGCAUGAUGAAAGACCUUUGUGUACACACAAACAAUAUAAAAGAAACGAUCCAAAGUUAAAAAAAUGGGUAAAACCAAGAAAAGAUUGCGUUAUGUAAAUCUUACUCGGCUUGUCAGAAUCUAGAUUAAAUGGCAUCGAUACAAGAAGAACCUUGCAUUUGUAUUUAAAAGGUAUUAAAAAUAUGAAUACAUCAGUUCGGAACUCCACUAUGUUUUGGCUUUUACAAUUUAAUUACAAUUUUUUUCAACUAGU